AUGCAUUUCUCCCUACCGCUUCUCGCUCUCGGCGCGAGCCUCGUCGCCGCCGUCCCCUCCCUCGAGGUCAAGGGCAAUGCCUUUGUCAACCCCAAGACUGGUGACCGCUUCCAGAUCGUUGGUAUGGCCUACCAACCUGGUGGCUCUGCCGGCUACCAGCCCGACAAGAAGAAGGACCCCCUCAGCGACAAGGACCACUGCCUGCGUGAUGCCGCCCUGAUGCAGAUCCUUGGUGUCAACACCAUCCGUGUCUACAACUUGGAUCCCAACUUGAACCACGAUGCGUGCGCCAGUAUCUUCAACGCUGCCGGCAUGUAUAUGCUGAUCGACGUCAACUCGCCUCUUGUCGGCGAGAGCAUCAGCAGCUGGGAGCCGUGGACCUCGUACUACGCUGCCUACCUGAACCGCACCUUCGCCAUCGUCGAGGCUUUCAAGUCGUACCCCAACCUCCUGGGCUUCUUCUCUGGCAACGAGGUCAUCAGCGCCGAGAAGGACGCCGAGUUUGUUCCCCGCUACAUCCGUGCCGUCACCCGCGAUCUCAAGAACUACAUCGCCAAGCACGCCGACCGCGCCAUCCCUGUCGGUUACUCCGCUGCUGACGUUCGUGAUGUUCUCAUGGACAGCUUCAACUUCUUCACCUGCGCCGAGAACGGUGAUGCCACCGACCCCAGCCGUGGUGAUAUGUUUGCUCUCAACAGCUACAGCUGGUGCGGAAACAGCGAUUUCACCAAGAGCCAGUAUGACCAGCUUGUUAAGAACUUCACUGGCACAUCGGUCCCCGUCUUCUUCUCCGAGUAUGGCUGCAACGAAGUCAAGCCUCGCGUCUUCACCGAGGUCGGUGCCCUGUACAGCGACAAGAUGACGCCCGUUCUCAGUGGCGGUGUUGUCUACGAGUUUGCCCAGGAGCCCAACAACUAUGGUCUGGUUGACAUCCACGAUGAUGGCUCCGCCGAUAUCCUCGCCGACUUCUACACGCUGAAGAACCAGUAUGCCAAGAUCGACUCCAAGACCAUCCAGGCCACCAAGCCUUCCAGCUCGUCUCCCAAGCCCCCUACCUGCGAUUCUAAGCUCAUCAAGGAGGCCGGCUUUGACAAGAACUUCACCAUCCCUGUUCUUCCCCCAGGAGCCAAGGAGAUCAUUGACAACGGCGUCAAGCCCGCUCCCGUUGGCAAGAUCAUCAAGAUUGACGACUAUACCGUCAAGUACAAGGUCAAGAACCCCGAUGGAACCGAGCUUCAGGGCCUUGCCGUCAAGCCCUUGGCUGAUGAUCAGAGCAACACCCCUGGUUCUAACAGCCCCUCGGGCACCUCGGGCAACGGCAACGCUUCCUCGACCGGCUCUUCCUCCUCUCCCACCCAGUCCAAGAAGAACGCUGCUCUCGGAAAGAGAGAGAUGGCUGCCAGCGGCGUCGGCAUUUUGGCCCUGACCGCAGCCGCCUUCUUCGGCCUCUUAAUCUAG